CUUUCUGUGUGGAGUUUGCUAGAUCAGGAGGAUACUCACUGCAGAUUUGCAAAAUGAAGAUGUUCUCAGUGUCUCACAAGACCGUUUUUGUGGUGGACCACUGUCCCUACAUGGCAGAGUCAAGUCGUCAGCAGGUGGAGUGCGAUGUGCUGACGAAGAGUCGAGGUCAAGGGGUUAUUCCUUUGGCCCCUGUGUCAAAGUCCCUGUGGACCUGUGCUGUGGAGUGUUCCAUGGAGUACUGCCGGAUCCUCUACGAUGUUUAUCCACUGCACAAACUUAUUAAUUACAUCGUGAGUGAUUCAGAGUUCCACAUCUUGAAUAGCUGGAGGCAGGAAGACCAGAGCACUCAUGAGCUCAUGUCCGCUCUGGCAGCUGUUGGGCCACCAAACCCGCGUGAGGACCCCGAGUGUUGCAGCAUCCUGCACGGGCUGGUUGCUGCCGUGGAGUCGUUAUGCAAGAUCACAGAGCUGCAGCACGAGAGGCGCACCACUCUGAUGGACACAGCUGAGAGAGUUGCCAAUAGGGGUCGUAUUAUCUGCCUAACCAAUGCUAAAAGUGAUACUCAUGUGCGCAUGUUGGAAGACUGCAUUCAAGAAACUAUUUUAGAACAAAACAAGCUGGCAGCAGGCUCAGACAGGCUGAUGGCCAUCCAGCAGUGUGACCUGGUUCUAAUUCACAUCCACCCACAGGGUGAUGACGCGCUGGUGUCUGACCGACCAAAGAAAGAGAUCUCCCCCCUGCUCACCAGCGAGGUUCACAGUGUUCGUGCAGGGCGGCACCUGGCCACCAAACUCAACAUCCUGGUCCAGCAGCACUUUGACUUGGCUUCCACCACAAUAACAAACAUCCCCAUGAAGGAAGAGCAGCACGCCAACACGUCGGCCAAUUAUGACGUUGAGCUCCUGCAUCACAGAGACGCCCACCUGGAGUUCUUUAAAAGCGGCAAGUACUGACCGAAUUGUGACAUGGUCGUAUCGACGCACGGUCGAGGAAGUGGACUGAAAGACACGAUUACACUGAAAUGGUGCACUCCACGAACCAACAGCAUAGAGCUGCAUUACUGCACAGGAGCCUAUCGCAUCUCCCCCACAGACGUAAACAGUCGUCCCUCAUCAUGUUUAACAAACUUUCUCCUCAACGGUCGAUCGGUGCUGCUGGAGCAGCCGAGGAAGUCAGGGUCAAAGGUCAUCAGCCACAUGCUCAGCAGCCACGGAGGCGAGAUCUUCCUGCACGUGCUCAACAGCAACCGCUCCACCCUGGAGGACCCGCCCUCCAUCAGCGAGGGCUGUGGGGGCCGAGUGACAGACUACCGCAUCACUGAUUUUGGUGAAUUUAUGAGGGAGAACCGGCUCAUGCCUGUUUCAGAGUCUUCCCAUGAUCCCUCUGGGAAACUACCAGCUGAGAGGGCCAAAGCUCAGCUGGAACGCCACACUCGAUACUGGCCAAUGAUCAUCUCCCAGACCACCAUCUUCAACAUGCAGGCAGUGGUUCCAUUAGCUAACCUGAUAGUGAAAGAGACUUUGUCUGAGGAGGACGUUCUGACCUGCCAGAAGACGGUUUACAACCUGGUAGACAUGGAGAGAAAGAACGACCCUCUCCCUAUUUCCACCGUGGGAUCCAGAGGCAAAGGCCCCAAGAGAGAUGAACAGUAUCGUAUAAUGUGGAACGAGCUGGAGACAUUGGUGAAAACUCACGCCGGAGCCACGGACAGACACCAGCGGGUAUUGGACUGCAUCAUCGCCUGUCGCAGCAAACCCCCCGAGGAGGAGGAGAGGAAGAAGAGAGGGAGGAAGAGGGAGGAGAGGGAAGACAAGACAGAGAAAAAUGGCAGCAAGGACACAGACGACAAAAGCUGGCAGGAGUCGGAGAGACUAAAGGGUUUGCUGGAUAAAGAAGAGCAGGAGUCUGAGGUGAUCAAGGAUUCCCCGGACUCUCCAGAGCCACUCAACAAGAAGCCGCGCCUGUGCACGGAGGAGGUUCAGCCUCCAGAGAGAGCAAAAGGUCCUGUCUCGCUCCUCACCAUGUGGAGCAAUCGCAUCACUGUAGCCAAUUCCAGGAAGCACCAAGAGUUUGUUGGAAGAGUGAGCUCCGUCAACAACAAGUUUGAGUUGUACCAGCAGCUCAAAGACGAGAAUGGGAUGGAUGUUCACGAAAAUGGCAAGGCCUCCAGAUGAUGUUUCCAGGGAUCCACUGCUUCACCGCUGCCAAGGAUGAGAUUUUGGACCGCAGUGUUUUGUCAGAGUUUGGUGUCACCUCACCACCCUCAACCCCAACCAAACACGGACAUCAAAUUAAAAAAAGACAGUGAGCUCUUAACGAGGAAUUUAUACAUUUUUGUACUCAUUUUGUAGAUAUGCUGUUCACAUAUUGUGUAACACAAUAAAAGCUGUCAAUAGAGAAUUUU